AUGGCGACCGAAUUCGAGGACGUACUCACCAACCAGCCUGUGGUAAUCGACAAUGGCUCCGGGACGAUCAAGGCCGGGUUCGCAGGCCAGGACCAUCCAAAGUGCUUCUUUCCGUCUUUUGUCGGGCGGCCAAAACAUGUGCGCGUCAUGGCCGGCGCGCUGGAGGGCGACGUGUUCAUCGGGCGCAAGGCGCAAGAGGCCCGCGGACUGCUCAAGAUCAAGUACCCGAUGGAGCACGGGAUCGUGACCGACUGGGACGACAUGGAGCGGAUAUGGAGCUGGGUGUAUGCGGAGGAGCUGGGGACGUUGAGCGAAGAGCAUCCGGUUCUGCUCACAGAAGCCCCGCUGAACCCGCGUCAUAACCGCGACGUCGCGGCCCAAAUCUUCUUCGACACGUUCAACGUUCCCGCUCUGUAUAUCUCCGUUCAAGCUGUAUUGUCAUUAUAUUCUUCCGGCCGGACAACGGGGAUUGUCCUGGACUCAGGUGAUGGCGUAACACACGCGGUUCCCGUUUUCGAGGGAUUCUCGAUGCCGCACGCUAUCAGGAGAGUAGAUGUUGCAGGAAGGGACGUCACCGAUCACCUGCAGCUACUGCUCAGGAAGUCCGGACACCACCUACACACCACGGCAGAACGUGAGGUUGUGCGCACAAUCAAGGAGAAGUGCUGUUACGUCGCGCUCAAUCCGGUCAAGGAGGAGAAAGAUGCCAUGGGACGCAGCGAAGAUUUCCGGUUACCCGAUGGAAACACCGUCCAGCUCGGCCCAGAGCGGUUCCGCGCACCGGAGAUCCUAUUCAACCCCGAGCUCAUUGGACAAGAAUACGCCGGUGUGCACCAAGUUGUUGUGGACUCGAUCAACCGAGUGGACAUGGACCUGAGGAAGAGUCUUUUCUCGAACAUCGUCCUCAGCGGUGGCAGCACGCUCUGUCGUGGAUUCGGAGACCGUUUACUAAACGAGGUUAAGAAAGUAGCGUUGAAGGAUAUCAAGAUCAAGAUCUAUGCACCUCCUGAACGCAAGUACUCGACAUGGAUUGGUGGUUCGAUUUUGGCUGGUCUGAACACAUUCAAGAAGAUGUGGGUAUCCGCGGAGGAGUAUCAGGAGGACCCAGACAUCAUUCACAAGAAAUUGGGUUUCUGA